GUCCUCGUGGCGAGAGAGCGAAUCUGUGCCAUCUGACGCUCAGGGAUUUAUGGGUUUAGUCAAAAUUGCUUUUGCCGGCGUGGAGAUUAAUGUGUGUGUGAUGUUGCGAGGCGAUGUCCGAAGCGCUGAGGGGAAUGUGAGCGCUGAAGAUGUGCAGCAUGCAGCUGGAGACGGUGCUCGUGUUCAUGUGUGUGUGUCUGCUGGGAGCGGCCGGGAGAUCCACACACAGGAGAGCACACCGAGCCGACGGCUUCAAGCAGAGCAGAUUGCGGAGAGAAACCACACGAGUGGAUGGAGGAAGCCACAAGUCUGGCAGCCCGAUCUUCAGGAGAAGUCCAGACAUGACAAAAUCUCCGAUAACCAAAUCAGAGCAGCUGUUGAGGAUAGAUGACCACGACUUUACAAUGAGACCAGCGUUUGGAGGCCCUCCGAUCCCCGUAGGAGUGGACGUGCAGGUGGAGAGCCUCGACACCAUCUCUGAGGUGGACAUGGAUUUUACGAUGACGCUGUAUUUGAGGCAUUACUGGAAAGACGAGCGCUUGUCCUUCCAGAGCACCAACAACCAAAGCAUGACCUUCGACAGCCGGCUGGUGAAGAAGAUCUGGGUGCCCGACAUGUUCUUCGUCCACUCCAAAAGAUCCUUCAUCCACGACACAACCACCGACAACGUGAUGUUACGAGUGCAUCCAGACGGCAACGUCCUCUACAGUCUGAGAGUGACCGUCACUGCCAUGUGCAACAUGGACCUGAGCCGAUUCCCCCUGGACACGCAGACCUGCUCACUGGAGAUCGAGAGCUAUGCGUACACUGACGACGACCUCAUGCUUUACUGGAAGAAGGGCAACGAGUCGUUGAACACAGACGACAGGAUUUCUCUGUCCCAGUUCCUCAUCCAGAAGUUCCACACCACAACUAAACUGGCGUUCUACAGCAGCACAGGCUGGUAUAAUCGGCUCUACAUACACUUCACUCUCCGGCGGCACAUCUUCUUCUUCCUGCUGCAGACGUACUUCCCCGCGACGCUGAUGGUCAUGCUGUCCUGGGUUUCGUUCUGGAUCGACCGCAGAGCUGUGCCUGCAAGAGUUCCUCUCGGCAUCACGACAGUUCUUACAAUGUCCACCAUCAUCACCGGAGUCAAUGCCUCCAUGCCCAGAGUCUCCUACAUCAAAGCCGUGGACAUUUACCUGUGGGUCAGCUUCGUCUUCGUCUUCCUCUCUGUCAUCGAGUACGCUGCCGUAAACUACCUGACCACCGUACAGGAGCGCCGAGAGAGGAAACUCAGGAAUCAAUUGCCUUGCACAUGUGGAAUAGCAAACCCAGACGAGGACAUGAUGAUGACCACAUGCUACAGCGGCGUGGAUCCCAACACAACGGGGACCUACGGAAUGCCGGAGAACGGCGGGAGGCAGGAGAGGAUCUUGGCCCAGCUUACCCUCGCCGACGGUCCGAGUACGAGUCGGGUCAGAACCUCACGGGGCUACGUCAACAUCUGGAUAGACACUCAUGCCAUAGACAAGUACUCACGAGUGGUCUUUCCCGGCGCGUACACCCUCUUUAACAUCAUCUACUGGUCCAUCUACUCCUAACUGGACCCGUCCACCCCAGUGGCGCAGAGAACGCUGAACGACUGGACCACUGGGUCGCUCCGCCUUCAUGAUCCAGUGUCUCUGACAUUUUUUUUCUGUUUGUCUUGUAUGUUUUUGUUAUUUAAUGACAGCUACUUUUUGAGGAUAUAUUUGUUUGAAUAAUCUGUUAUUCAAACAAAUAAAAAGGAAGAAUUGUCUAGGAAUCAGAGAACUGAUCUGGGAAAAGCCUGAUAUACUCAGCGAUUAGAGGAAUCUGUAAAUAUGUGCUGCUCUUUCCUCUCAGUAACAGAAUAAACAGAGAAAACAGCAGUUCAGAAAGCAUCUGAUCACAGAGAUGUGGAUGUUUGAAACAUCUGAGAUCUACAGUAAUGUUUAUACCGCACUUUAUACCGAUUACUUUAAAUCAGCAGCUGUACAGUGUUAAACAUGAAAAACAGUGUCACCGUCUCUUUCAGCUUCAGUUUCUGCUAUACAGCGGCUCUCAGUGUGUUCGUGUUUUUACUCGCAUCUGAACAGGAGAUUUACACCUCAGAGAAGGCGGAGCCUCAGAGCCACACCCACCUGUGACAUCAUCAUCACUGACCAGAGCCACACCCACAUAUUACAUCUUCACCACUGACCAGAGCCACACCCACCUAUGACAUCAUCACCACAGACCAGAGCCACACCCACAUAUUACAUCAUCACCACCGACCAAUGAGAGUUCAGAGCUGUUUACCAGCCUGAACAAACAUUUCCAGAUUCACUCCAAACAAAUUCGUUUUGACCUGUUUUUGUUCGAAAUUAAUGACGUCACACCAGUUCAUUCUUCGAUUUCGCUUCAAGUAUUUAGGAGCCUUUAUGAAGCGACAAGAAUAUCUGUUCUAAGAACAUUUUCGCUAACAUUCCCAUUAAGUUAUGAAAACAUAUCUGAAUGUUCAGAACAGUUUUAUUAAAAACACAUGUGGAGGUGAUCAGUGUAAGUGUACAGCAGCUCUUCACACAAAACAUCUCAUAAUCAAUCAGAAAUCAAGUCUCGGCUGCCGUUCACAUGAAGCUUUCUGCAGGAUUCGGAUCUUUUCUAUUGACAUGUUAAAUAUGAAACCUUUAUAACACAACAUUACAAUAUCUAUAUUUACUAAUGCUUUUAUAAUGUCAUUUUUCAUGUUUACUAUUAACUGUGCUGUGUUACAUAUUAGGUAUGAAAAAAAGCAUAGUUUAUUUUUAUGUUUAUUUUUAUUCAACAGAAGAAAAAUCAACCAUUGAUAUUGUUUGAUUACUCUGCUGGACAUAUGGAUGAUCUCAGACCUGUGUUAAUCCCGAAUCACACGAGCGUGUUGUGUUCUGGACGGUCUAGUAAUCUCCGUUCUCCACUCUCUGACUGAUACCAGCUCGUAGAUGUAGUUAUUGUUUGUGUCACGACUCUUAGGAUCAUAUUUCGUGAUUUAGCUCAUGAUUUACACUUUUUAUGAUUGUUGUAGAAUUUUAUACAAGCCCUAUUUAAACCUGUGACUUCAUCACACUGGAUAUAAAUAAACAGCAUUUUAUUAA